CUUGCCAGAGAUGUCUUACAAGAUUAUAGUUGCGGUCGUUCUUGUAGCGGCGGCUGCUGCCAGCCCUGACCAGGCUCCUGCACCGGUCUACGGUGCCCCGCCCCCAGCUCCGCCCCCAGCCCCAGCCCCAGCCUACGGUGCCCCGCCCCCACCCCCGCCUCCUGAGGCACCUGCAAAGUACUCCUUCAGCUGGAAGGUGAAGGACGACGCCUCCGGCAACGACUUCGGCCACGACGAGACCCGUGAUGGUCCCCACACGGAGGGCGUCUACUACGUCCUGCUUCCCGACGGUCGAGUGCAGAAGGUUGUUUACACUGUCGACGGUGAAGGCGGUUAUGUUCCUGUUGUGACCUACGAGGGUGAGGCCAAGCCCCCGACACCCGUCUACACUCCACCUCCUGUCUACGGCUAGGACAAGUUCGCGAAAUCCGUCUUCAUUUUCGCCAUUUUUACACCCUAGCUUAAGUGUACACCGAGCUUCAUUCCAAACCCUCAACUCCUGUCCAUGGAAAGUCAAACACUUACCCACUAUCUACACCUCAGUUCCUUCCUACACCCCAGCUUCUGCAGGCACCCCAGCUCCUGUCGUCAGCUUGGCAAAGCUCCUGUUUACACCCAACUUCUUAUGACUCAAAAUAUUUAAAGCCAACUUUAAUAAUAUUUAUUUAAAAUGUUAUUUAACAAUCGAGCAAAUAAACGUGUAAUAAAAACAAAAUUGGUUUCUGUAU